AUGAAUUACUCUGGAGACAAGGUGGCUCUAUUUCACGAGUUUACUUUCGGCCGUUACCCAUACAACUACAAUUACAGCAUCAGUGAUCCCAUCAAUUUCGGUACGCCUCAGAACGUAACACAGGACGGUAUGGCAGAACAUCUGAGAAUUGCCGAGAUUAGUAUUACUAGUACCAUACAAGGCGUAGAUGAUACAACUCUUGCCGUAGUUGACUUCGAGGAAUGGCGUCCUCUAUUCCGGCAGAAUGGAGGCAGAAAAAAGGUUUACCAAGAAACAGCCGAAGCGCUCGUAAAACAAGCACACAGCAACUACACCAAGCAACAAGUGCGUAAAACUGCUACAGAGGAAUACAAUGCGGCAGCAAAGGAAUUCAUUCUGAAGACGUUAGUAAAAGCUCGUGAGCUUCGCCCGAAUGCAUCAUGGGGUAUGUAUGGUUUUCCAUAUUGUAACUACGAUGCAGGAACAAAGGACAAUAACUAUGAAUGCUCUCCCUUAUAUCAGCAAUUCAACGACGACAUAGUGCAAAACGUCACCACUCAAUACUAUGUUCCGGAGCCAUUCAAUAUCACGGAAAUUCUGAACUUCAACGACACAUGUUCUACAUUCAAUGUACCAGUUACCACCAUCCAACAGUAUGGCAAUCUUUGCAAUGCAUACUGGAAUAGUUUUACACGGCAUUGCAAAUGUAAUAUAACCACAGUAUUAGAGGCUCAUGGAAUUCAAGAUAACGCCGAUCACAAUUUCACUGGAGAAAAGGUGGCUCUAUUCUAUGAAUUCACAUUCGGUCGCUAUCCUUACUACAAGAAUUAUGAACUGGGUAAUCCUAUCAACAAUGGGACACCUCAAAACCUCACUCAGGAUGCUUUGGAUGAACAUAUCAGAGUUGCCAUACAGAACAUCACUACCCAUAUAAAAUAUAGUAAUUCUUCUGGUCUUGGCAUUAUAGAUUUUGAAGAAUGGCGUCCAUUAUUCAUUACAAAUUGUAUGAAAAAGCAGGUAUACAAGGAUGCAGCUGUACUGAUUACCAAUUUGACUCUCCAAACCACCAACGUUACGCUGUUAAACAAAACCGCAGAAGAGAAAUACGAGAAAGCAGCUAGAUUAUUCAUUGAAACCACUCUGAGAAAUGCUACACAGAUUCGUAACAAAACCCUCUGGGGUAUGUAUGGUUUUCCAUAUUGUAAUUAUGAUGCAGGGAAGAAUGUUACUGACUUUAGGUGCAUGGAUAGAUACAAGACUUUCAAUGACAGAAUGGAGUACAUCUUCAACGCAAGCCAAGCAUUGUAUCCUUCAAUUUAUCUCAACAACAAAACUGAUUAUCAUCGAAACUUUCGGUAUGUACAGGCUAUAAUGGCUGAAACUUUGCGGGUUGCUCGGAACUACAGCCGGCAUUUGCCCAUCUAUGUAUACACAAAAUUUGAAUACGAUCCCCUUAACCAGCUAUGCUCCUUCUACACAAGGCCUGAUUCUCAAUCGGCACAGUUUCACCUGGCUCAUUUUUCAAAAUUUCAGGAAGACUUGUGCAGCACGAUUGUACUGCCGUAUAAAAUGGGCGCCGAUGGGCUAAUCUUCUGGAGCAGCAGCAGCAACAUGACAAAACGAUGUGAUAUCGUUACGAAAUUCGUGAACACAACACUUGGACCGUAUGAAAUGCUUUUAAAUCAAAUCAUUCCCAUAGCGAGGAGCUUAAGCUGCACGUACUCUUCACGCGCGGUAAAACCUAUGCCUAUAGGGCUUCCUCUAUGA